UAUUCCAGGAAGUGCUGUGGGAAGGAGAAGUGCCUGGUGCUGCAUAGCAUCACUGCUUGAAAUUAUUUUUCUGUUUAAUAUAACUCUUCAAAAUGUCUGGAGGGUCCCGCUUGGAGAACGCGAACCCGGUGAUUUUCCAGCGGUCGGGGGACAGGCUGUUGACAGCGGCGGACGAGGACGAGGAUGUCUACGACCCCAUCGACGACAGAGAAAUAUUUGAUCUGAUCAGAUCCAUCAAUGACCCAGAGCAUCCUCUGUCUCUGGAGGAGCUGAAUGUGGUGGAACAAGUCCGAGUCAAGGUUAAUGAUGCAGAGAGUACUGUGGGUAUUGAGUUCACUCCCACUAUCCCUCACUGCAGCAUGGCCACGCUCAUUGGUUUGUCGAUCAAAGUCAAGCUUCUGCGCUCGCUGCCAGACAGAUUCAAAAUUGAUGUUCAUAUCACUCCUGGGAGUCAUGCCUCAGAGGAAGCAGUGAACAAACAGCUGGCAGACAAAGAGAGAGUGGCUGCAGCUCUGGAGAACUCGUCCCUGCUGGAGGUGGUCAACCAGUGCCUGACCACGAGGAGCAUCUGAGCAACCGGUCAUCUCAUCAACUGAUAUUUGCAAGACAUGUUAGGCUCUUUCUUGACUGUUGUGUCUGCAAAGCUUUCUGUCCACCAACCUCUUGUCUGGGUAUGAAUAGACAGAACUGAUAGACAUUGAUGGAGCUAAAUAACAAAAAAAAACCUGUCAGGAUCACGACACACAUUCUCAGUAUUAUCAUAGGAGGACAGGAAAACAAACAAGGGUUUCAUCAUGUUUAAACAAACAAUUAUUCUUCAAUUUGUACUUUUUAAAAGUGAAAAAAUGGAGAAGCUCUGCAUGCGAGCUUCUUUGUAGAAAUUAAUGUCUAUUUUAUUAUUAUAAAAUCUGCACCAACAGUUGUCACUUGUAUAUAAUGCUUUUGAACAUUUAUUAAAAAAAAUAGAGAUGCGUAGUAAACUGAAAAUGUGUUUUUAAAUUCAAGCAGAAACUAAAAUUCCUUGUUAAAACAAUGCAUGCGAAACACUUGCAGGCAGAUAUAUGGAGCCAGUAAAGUAGCACUGUGAUCAUGAAGCUUGUGUUUUUGUUCACAUCACCAAGAAGAAGUUGAUUCAAGUGUGUGUGGACUUUGAGUAAUUGGUGUGGACAAAUAAACUGUUGGUAUACA